GGGAGGAGGGUCCAGAUCAUUAGACGACUUCUAUCUGGCCCGCAGCUGCUUGACGCUGGUCUGGAUUCUAUUGUGCACGACGUCACAGUGUGAUUGGGAAACUUUGGAGGAACUUUUCAUGAGCUCGGACUUUCCCUGAGUUGUUUUUGCAGAAGGAGACCCGGGGGGAUUUCUUCUCCUCUUUGCUGAUCAGCCAUUGUGGGCCCGAGGGAGGAGGAAGGAUUUCUCUCCCCUGCUGGUUGCUGGAGUUUGUAAUGCACGGCAGAGAUGUGCUGUCUGAGCCAGUUGUCCCGGGUCAGUGCAAACUCCAAACAUGAGCAGAUAGUUCACUUGUUGGGAACUUGUGAGGAGAAGAGAGCGGAUCAGAGCCUCAGCUCUUCGAUCAGCACAUCGACCAGGACUCUGAUCUCCAGCUGAGGACCACUGGCAGCAGAUCAGUGAGGAGGAUGGCGUCUCAACAACAACGACAACAACCACUGACACACAUCAUCUUCAUCUUCAUCAUCACGUUAUUGUCUUUGUGCUCCCUGAGCCUGUGCAGCACAGAGACAGAUGUUCCAGAGGAGGAAGGCUUCAGUGCUGAGGCGUGGCUUCGUAAGUUUGGCUACCUGUCCAAGGCCAGCGGACAGAUGUCCACCAUGCAGUCGGCUCAGAUUCUGUCCAAAGCCAUCAGCGACAUGCAGCGCUUCUAUGGGCUGGAGGUGACCGGCGAGAUGGACCCCGGCACCGUCACAGCCAUGCGCAGACCCCGUUGCGGCCUCCCCGACAGAAACCCGGAGCAGGCGGUGGACGGUGCGAGGAAGAAGCGCUACACACUCACCGGGCAGCAGUGGGACAAAGACCACAUCACUUACAGCAUAGUGAAGCAGCUCAUCCCCCCCUCGCUGGGAGAGGAGCUGACGAUGGAGGCGCUCACCAAGGCCUUGGCCGUGUGGAGACGUGUCACCCCGCUCACCUUCGAGGAGCUGCCGACUGGAGACGACAUCCGGGUCAACGGCAGCCGGACGGAGCUCGCCGACAUCCUGCUGCUGUUCGCCUCUGGAUUCCACGGGGAUAUGUCCCUGUUUGACGGCGAGGGGGGGUCCCUGGCACACGCCUACUACCCCGGACCAGGAAUUGGAGGGGACAUACAUUUUGAUGCAGACGAGCCCUGGACACUUGAAAACCACAAUCCAGACGGUAUUGACCUCUUCCUGGUUGCCGUCCAUGAGCUCGGUCAUGCUCUGGGCCUGGAGCACUCCGAUAACCCCAGUGCCAUCAUGGCUCCUUUUUACCAGUACAUUCACACGGACAACUUCACGCUGCACGAGGACGACGUCCGAGGAAUACAGCACAUAUACGGUCCUCCUCUCUCCACUGGUGCCCCGCCCACUUCUCCUCACAUCCCUGACAAUGAUCCCCGGGUCGACUCCCCGACCCCCCCUUCCCCUCCUGAAGAUGCCCCCACUCCCGCUCCCCCCGCCGAUCCCACACCUGAACCACCCAACCCGACCGACGUCAUCCAGGAUCCGAUCCCUACAUCAACCCCUGUCCUCCCAACCUCCACCUCUACCGUCUCAGCGCGUCAACCAGAGCCUGUCACCCCGCUGGUAAGAAAAGAUGACCCUCCUCUUCCGCCCGCUCCUCCUCCUCGGCCCCCUGCUCCUCCUCGGCCUCCCAAGCAGCCUGACAACCAGGCCCCCGACAUCUGCGAUGGAGACUUCGACACGGUGACCAUGCUGAGAGGGGAGAUGUUUGUUUUCAAGGGUCUUUGGUUCUGGCGGGUGCGGAGGAACCGGGUCUUGGAUAACUACCCCAUGCCCAUAUCGGUCUUCUGGGUCGGCCUUCCCACUGACAUCGACGCUGCCUAUGAACGCCACGAUGGCAAAUUUGUCUUCUUUAAAGAUGACAGAUACUGGGUGUUCAGGGAGGCUGAUGUGCUGCCAGGAUACCCGCAGCCCAUACACGAGUACGGACAAGGAGUUCCUACACACAAUAUCGACACAGCAAUCUGGUGGGAACCCAACGGAUACACAUACUUCUUCUCAGGAGACAGAUACUGGCGAUACAGCGAGGAGACGCGGACAGCAGACCGUGACUUCCCCAAGCCAAUCAGCAGAUGGGGCCGGAUUCCUCCCUCACCCAAAGGAGCCUUUCUCAGUGACGACGGUGCUUUCACCUAUUUCUACAAGGGCAGCAAUUACUGGAGGUUUGACAACCACAAGACAGAAGCAGACAAGGGCUUCCCUCGCUCCAUCCUGAAGGACUUCAUGGGCUGCACGGGCGCUCCUGACCCGCCGCCCGACACGGACACGGAGGUGGAAGCCAAAGACAAACCAGUGAAGCCUUCGGACCGAGGCAAAGACGAGCACAAAGAGCCGGAUCAAGACACGAACGCAGAGGAAGAGCCCAGCACGAAGCCCGAUGGCACCGAGGGAGAGGACGACCAAGACGUGAACGUUGUGGUGUCGAUGGACGACAACGAGUCAAAGAUCAUGACUCUGAUCAUGGUGACGGUUCCUCUCGUGCUCAUCCUGUGCAUCCUCGUCCUGGUCUACGCCAUCCUCAGGACUCUGAAGAACAAAGAAACGCCGAGGGCCUUGGUGCACUGCAAGCGCUCGCUGCAGGACUGGGUGUGACGCACAGAGGUGGAGGAGGUGGAACAGGUGUUGAUCA